AAGAGACCAUCCAGAGAAGUUAGUAUACCCAACAGGAGGAGAUUAACUCUGACAUUGUAACUCGAGACCAGCACAGCCACUCUCACUGGAAUUAGGGUGUCUGCUUGUUGGAACAAGCAUUCUACAAUACACCCAAAUCCAAGGCCAGUCGAAUAGUUUCUUCUUGUUACGUGCAGUUCACUCAGUUCGUACUGGCUACACUUCCGCGAUUCAAAAGUCGGGAUCCAUUUGACGAAACAUCUACGCAUUCCUUCAGCUUACCUGGCUAGCACCGCGAGAAAUCAGACAGCGAGCUUGUCUAAAAAAAAACGAUCCGUCGACAUUCGGCCCAGACGUCCGUCAACAUGCAAGUGUCACCUCCACAGCUGCUAAUGCACGCCCCGCAUUCUGCGGCCGUCGACCGCAUGUGCUCGCGAAUCCGUUCCAGAUUCACAGGAGGCAUUCCCGUAGCGCCAGGAGCAGGGCAUGCUGUAGUAAGCGCAGCCGCCGGGAACGCAUCGGUUGGAAACGCAGCAGGAGACAGAUUAGCAGGAGGAGCAGGAAGAGCAGGAGGAGCAGGAGGAGCGUUGAAUGGCCGGCCAGCUCCCGCGCGGUUGCUAGUGGAGUGUGGGCGGGGUAGGUCGUCGCAUCACGACAGGGACAGAGGCGGGAAUAGAGAGAGAGGCGGGAAUGGGGACUCAGGGAGGGGCGGGUAUGGCGACAAGAGGAAGAGCGGACCUCUAGGUGCGGGUGGCGAUAAGGCUGACGUGGCACAGCACCCGUACGCAAUAAAGAUAACCACUCCGCCAGCUAGAGAGUUGGGGAUCCAUUGCCUGCCUCAGAACACGCAAUGCGGCGAGACAGUGGAGAUUGAGGGUGAAAGCUACGUGGUGUUGGGGGUGACGUACCGGUACAGGCUGCAGAAAGGCAAGUAUACAGCCAGGGAGCGACAGCUGGAGGUGCAAUCCCGAGGCAGGUUCCUUGUUAAUAUGUACCUCGCCGACAUGCUGGACAAGUCUUGAAACCAGUCGGUUUUUUAGGCGGGUUCCUGGACAGCUCGAAAGAUGGCAGGGCAGGUCCGUGACAAGGGGGUUGACAGUUGGAGAAACAGUAUUGAGGCGGACAUCUGGUUAACCUCUGCACUAUUGACAUGCUGGACAGGUCGUAAGGUGCCAGGGCUUGUAUCGCUGAGUGCCAGGCUGCAAAAAGGGCGGGUGUACAUUUGUGUUGGGCUGAGAAAAGCCCUUAGGAUCUUUUGCAGAGACUAAGUCCCAGCUGUAGAGACUUGAGACUUGGAGUAGUGCAGCGGAAGUUGAGGCAGUUGAACCCUUGUACUAGUAUGAUCUUUUGCAGAGACUAAGUCCCAGCUGUAGAGACUUGAGACUUGGAGUAGUGCAGCGGAAGUUGAGGCAGUUGAACCCUUGUACUAGUAUGUGAGAACAAGUGAUUGAUUAAAGAAACAAGCAUACA